AUGGAUGAUUUGAGCGAUCCCAUUGUGGAUACCAUUACCAACACUUUUAGUAAUGAAACAGCCACACCACCAUUCAUGGGAUUGGAAUUUCAUUCAACAUCAUCCUUGAAAUUAAUGAAUCCAAAUAACAUGAUGAUGGCAAAAAACAAUAAUAUCAGUAAAUUGCAUGUGGAUAGUGUGGAAGAAGGAAUUUCGGUCGUGAAUGAAUUCGGAUUGGAUUUUCUCUUGAUGGACAUUUCCGUACAUCAUCAACAGCAGCAAAAUUUACAAAACAAGGCUAGCAGAACAUCCAAUACGCCCAACAACAACAACACAGCAACUCUUCAAUCAUCCAAUCUACCCAAUAGUAGUACGAGUCAUCUCUUGGAUUUGAGGCAAAUUUGUCAAAAACACAACGUUUCAUCACGACAAUAUCUAUUUCGUACGACUGAUUGGUCUCAUUGCAUGGUCGGAAAGGUCGACGAAGCAGCUUUCCAGGCAGCCUUUGGAAUUUAUUCACCCACUAACAAAAAGCUACUGUGCUCCGAUAAGCCCUAUGAUGUCCCUGGAUUAGAUGAAUACAGUGCUUCUGGUACGAUCCCACCAUCAUCAACACCUCUUGAUAAUACUUCAUCAAAAAAGACCUCCUCAAGCAAGCAGAACAAACAACAGCUUGCACCCUUUGCCAUUCCAUCCACUGCAGGUACUCUCUCACAAAUUCAUAUUCAAGCUCAAGCUGCCAAGCUCAUUCUUCAACAGGAAUUGCAAUGGGCUACACAUUUAUGCAUUCCUGCCGUUCUCUUCCCAGAACCUCAAAAUAAGGAAAUGGCAAUGGCACUAGCUCAAUUUAUUAAUCUCAUACUUCCGACCAUGGGAAAUACCGCCAUAUGGAUACGAUUUAGUGCUAAUAAUUAUUACUUGUGGAAUUUAGUGAGAACCAUGUGCAAUAGUCAUACUUUACUGAUUCCAGUUUUGGAUUUAAAAAAUAAGGACGUGGAAGAGUUAAUCUUAUCGCUCAAACAAUCAAGUCAACAACAUGGAGAAAGUGACAAGAAGAAGAAGAAAACAAAUACAGGUGUCACACCCGAGCAAUAUGCACCACAGGACACACUGUGGAAUGCAUUUGAAAAGCAAACAUUUGGAGCUGAAAAUUCUACAGUGACAUCCCUUUCUGUUUGGAUUGCAGAAAAUGUAAGAACAAUAAUAUUGAAUUUGGAUCUCUUUUCAAGGCCUGUAAACAAUGCCACUCCAUUUCUCCAUGAUGAAGUCGCUCAAUUCCUUGCAAAAACAUUUAAAUACGACAUUCAAUUUGUUUUGAGCGCAGCAGGCUUUGAAAAUGAGCCAAGUCCAAACAUGACUCUCUAUAAGAGAACCAUUGCGUCACUCUUCGAGACAAGCUGCAUGUUAACUAAUGUGGAAGUGUUCAGCAAGUCAUUUAGAGAUUUUUUACAGAGGCCUUUACAACCUUUAAUUGAUAAUUUGGAUAGUCAAACCUAUGAAGUGUUCGAGAGAGAUCCCAUCAAAUACAUGCUCUAUGAAAAGUCUGCAGAGAAGGCUCUCCUCGAUCUAUACGAAGCAAAGAAAAAGAAAGCAUCUAGCGAAGAAGACAUCAAAACCAUACGUGUCAUUGCCAUGGUCUUGGGAGCUGGUCGUGGUCCAAUUGUUAAGGCCGUUUUGAGAGCAGCUCGAACCACUAAAGUUCCUGUUUUGGUGUACGCCGUGGAGAAAAAUCCUAAUGCCCUAAGUCAUCUCCUCUACUACAAAAAGACCAUUUGGCGAACAUUUACACAAGCGCACGCAGGUGAAAAUUUGGAAAUUCCAAUUGUUGAAAUUAUUCAAAAAGAUAUGCGUGUGUGGAAUCCUCCAGAGAAGGCAGACUUACUGGUCUCUGAAUUAUUAGGUUCAUUUGGCGACAAUGAAUUGAGUCCAGAAUGUUUAGAUGGAGCUCAACGUCUCUUGAAAGAGAAUGGCGAAGGGAUUUCCAUACCUGCACGUUACACUUCAUACUUGAGCCCACUUUGCAGUUACAAGGUUUGGAGUGAAGUGAAAAAUUUACAAAAAUCAACCGUUUUUGAAGCACCUGCCUUUGAGACUGGUUAUGUUUGUCUUGUUCACAGAGGCGUUGUUCUAGACAAACCUCAACGAUGUUUCACCUUUAUCCAUCCCAAUCCUCAAGUCACAGAAGCUCUCAAAGAAAAGGAGAAUGCAUUGGAUGACACAAAUGAAACUUACAACUUGCACAUUCCACUUGUGAACAAUGAUCGAUACGUUUCCCUCCGAUUCAAAUCUCAACAGAAUGCAGUGGUACAUGGUCUCAUUGGCUAUUUCGAAUGUCAAUUAUAUAAGGAUGUAUGGAUGAGUAUUUUACCUGAGACUUUUUCUUCAGGAAUGUUUAGCUGGUUCCCAAUUUUCUUCCCAAUUGAAACUCCAGUCAUUGUCAAAAAGGGAGAAGACAUUGGAGUUCAAAUGUGGAGAAAUUGUGAUCAUGAUGUAACAAGAAAAGUGUGGUAUGAAUGGUGUGUGACCACCAAUUCUACCUGUUCCAAGAUUCAUAAUAGUCAUGGAAAGCAUUAUUACAUUUCACUCUAG